GGAGGGGCGGAGUUCGGGGCGUCGGAGGCUCAGGCCGCCCGCUGCGCUCCUCUCUCCGGGUGUUGGGCGCCCGCGUCGGGGCCGGGUGCGCGGGAGGCGGUUGGCCGGCGGCUGGCCGGGGCUCAGGCUGGGGUCGCCUGCAGGAGCUGCCCCCGGCCGGCCCCCGUCACCCUGCGGGCCCCCUCCUCCGAGGCUGGCGAGGUGCGGGUGCCGGCGCCUGGGGCUCCCUGUGCUCGAGCCCUUGCUGGCGCGGCCGCUGCGCUCCGCAUCUGUUUUCCUCGUCCCUCGCCCUCACGCGGCGACGCUCGCACCUGUCGGGUUUUCCGGCCCAUUUUACAGCCCGGGCGAUGGGGACCCCGUGUGUACAGGCGCUCGUGUACCGUGUGCGAGCACGGACCGCUGGGCGGCUGCAGAGCGGGGCUUGCCCCAGAGGCCCUUGCGCCCCGAGUAUGUCCCGUGGGCCCGUGGCUCUCAGCCCCGGGGCUGGGGGCCCGUAUUCUGCUUCUCUGGGGAGACACGGCGAUAUCUGGAAACCUGUGUGGCGGUCACAGCUGGGGUUUGGGGAAACGGCCCCUGGCUUCGGGAAUGCUGACAGACCUUUCGCGUGGCAUGGGACGGCGGCCACAUCACAGAAGCAUCCGGCCGCACGUGGGACGGGUGCUGAGGUUUGGAAACCCUGCAGUGGACAGUCAAGUCUUCCCUGAGCGCUUACUGGAUCUUGGGCUACUUCUCGGUCACGACCCUGGCAACCCCAUGCGGGGAAGGAGCUGUUAUCAGUCCUGGUUUCCAGGUGGAGAAAUUCAGUCCACAGAGGGCAAGUCCCGGGUCCAGGGCACGCACUGGAUAAAUGUCCGAGCUGGAAAUGGAAGCAGCCAAGGCCGGCAGCCCACCUCUUAACCCCUUAGUUAACCCAGCGCACUGUGUAGAGGUGCUGGGUGCGACCAGCAUGGGCUCUGGGGUCCCACAGUUCCAGGCGCUGCUGUCCCCGCAGGACUUGCAGACCCCCAUGGAGGUCCCGUCUCCCCAGCCCGUGAAGCAGGAGGGCCAGACGGCCGAGGGCCUGACCCUGGACUCGCCGUGGCACCGCUUUCGCCACUUCCACCUGGGCGACGCGCCGGGUCCCCGCGAGGCGCUGGGGCUGCUGCGCACCUUGUGCCGAGACUGGCUGCGGCCCGAGCUGCACACCAAGGAGCAGAUGCUGGAGCUGCUGGUGCUGGAGCAGUUCCUGAGCGCGCUGCCUGCCGACGUCCAGGCCUGGGUGUGCAGCCGGCGGCCCCGGAGCGGGGAGGAGGCCGUGGCCCUGCUGGAGGAACUCUGGGGACCAGCAGUCAGGGCACCUCAGGAUGUGACAGAAGGCUCUGGGGUGAGCGCUGGAAAGGAUGAUGUUGGGAUGAUGCCCUUAGGAGAUGCGGCCCCCCGGGUGGAGGUGCUGGCGACGGGGGACGCCCAGGCCACGCGUCCCUACAAGCAGGAGCCGGGCAGCCCUCCACCCGCUCCCGCGGCGCCGCCUGCGCCCGGCCUAUCCCCCUUCCUGGCGGCGGCGGCGGCGGCGGCCCCGGGCACCACCUCCUGCCCCGAGUGCGGCAAGGCCGCCCUGAAGCCCGCGCACCUGCUGCGCCACCGGCAGAGCCACUCGGCCGAGAAGCCGCACGCCUGCCCCGAGUGCGGCAAGGCCUUCCGGCGCAAGGAGCACUUGCGGCGCCACCGCGGCACGCACCCCGGCGGCCCCGGGCCUGCCCUGCGCCCGCUGCCCGCGCGCGAGAAGCCGCACGCCUGCUGCGAGUGCGGCAAGACCUUCUACUGGCGCGAGCACCUGGUGCGCCACCGCAAGACGCACUCGGGGGCGCGGCCGUUCGCCUGCUGGCAGUGCGGCAAGGGCUUCGGGCGCCGCGAGCACGUGCUGCGCCACCAGCGCAUCCACGGCCGCGCGGCGGGCGGCGCGGGCGCGGGCGCGGCGGCGGGGCCCGGCGGCGGGGGCCCCUUCCCGGCCUGGCCGCUGGGGUAACAGCCGCCGCGCCCGCCGCCCGGCCCCUCCCGGCCCGCAGCCCCCUGCUCCUGCGCCGGCUCCAGUCGGAACCUUUGUUUCUUCGGCUCCUUCUGUCCCGGGCCACACGGCCCUAUCCGGUUGUCACCGCCUGCCAGGCCGUCCCACUCC